AUGGCGCAGCCUCUUCCUGAACUCGCUCCCUACGACGACUCCUACGGGUUUCCUCGCGAUGCCUUCGAUCCAUCCGCGCUACCCAACAUCGAUACCGAUUAUCUCGACCCAGAAGAUCUGGCCGCCUUCGAGAGGGCACUACAAGCGCCCGACCCUCUGCAAAGCCCAACCGACGACACCUCCAGCUUGAAGUCGCCCAGAAGCGUCAGCUCCGUCAACCUAACUAAGAGGGAUUCGGUGGCCGGCAGUGUCCUAGAAGAUGAUGUCGCAGCUGUCGCAGCAGCGGCCGGAGCUGCUGGAGGCGAUCUGCCUGUACCACCGACUCCGACCAUGGGCACGUUCGUCACGGCGCAAAACGACUGGGCUCCAAUAAACCCUGGUCUCUAUCGAAGCAAACGAGGGACAAAGAAGAGGAGGAAAGGCGCUGCGGCGGUAGAGGGACUCUUGGGCACCAGGACAAAAGAUGAGACCCGAGAGGGAUACCUGUACUUGCUAUCAAAGUGGCCGCUUCUUUUCUUCGUGUUCUCCUGGCUUAUUGGACUGAGCGUUGCGUACCUUUCCACGAGGUGGUACAUCUGGUUCUACGAACAUUUCUUUACAUGGCGAGGUCGCCGUGAAAUAUUGCGCAAAAAUAUGCGCAGAACAUCCAGCUAUGAGGGCUGGGUCAAGGCAGCCAAAGAGCUUGAUGAAUUUCUGGGCCGAAAGAACUGGAGAGAGGUCGACGAUUUCGCCUACUAUGAUUCGAAGACAGUGAAGCGAGUAUGGGGACAGAUACGCAAGACGAGGAUCAAGGCAGAAGCACUUGAGCGAAGCGGCAAUCGACAAGAAUUGAGAAAAUCUGUUGAUGAUUUGAGGGCGCUAUUGGAGGCUUGCGUCAAGAAUAACUUUGUUGGCGUGGAAAAUCCGAGACUUUACAGCCAAACAUACUAUGGAACCAAGAAUCUGGUCCAAAAUUUCGUUGACGAUGUCGAGAAGAGCCUCCGAUUCUUGCUCAAUACGGAUCAGCUCGAAGCAGACGAGAAACGAAUACUGUUCAAGCACAUGCACGCCAACUAUGGACGAACAGCACUCUGCUUGUCUGGAGGAGCUACUUUCGCAUACUAUCAUGUUGGAGUAGUAAAAGCGAUGCUUGAUGCAGACCUACUCCCAGACGUCAUCACUGGAACCAGCGGCGGUGCUCUUAUAGCAGGCCUUGUUGCCACCCACACCAAUGAUGAGCUGAAGCAGCUUCUGGUGCCAGCGCUGGCGCACCGAAUUACGGCCUGCGGCGAAUCGAUAACUACGUGGUUUUCCCGAUGGUGGAGGACUGGAGCUCGCUUUGACUCGGUUGACUGGGCCGAGCGAUGCUCGUGGUUUACAAGGGGCUCUAUGACAUUUAAGGAGGCGUACGAGCGCACUGGUCGCAUUCUCAACGUCAGUUGCGUGCCGGCCGACCCUCACUCUCCAACUAUCCUCUGCAAUUACUUGACCAGCCCCGACUGCGUUAUUUGGUCUGCCGUACUAGCAUCUGCAGCAGUCCCCGGUAUUCUCAAUCCUGUUGUCCUCAUGAUGAAGAUGCGUGAUGGGACGCUGGCGCCGUAUUCAUUCGGCCACAAGUGGAAAGACGGCAGCUUAAGAACGGAUAUCCCUAUCAAAGCGCUGAACACGCACUUCAACGUCAACUUUACCGUUGUGAGCCAAGUCAACCCACAUAUUAACCUCUUUUUCUUUUCUUCACGAGGGGCCGUUGGUCACCCCGUCACUCAUCGCAAGGGCCGUGGCUGGCGUGGCGGAUAUCUCAUGUCGGCAAUUGAGCAUUACCUCAAACUCGACAUGAAUAAGUGGCUCAAAUUUAUCAGACACGCAGAGCUGCUACCACGCCCUCUGGGACAAGACUGGAGCCAGCUCUGGCUGCAGGAAUUUGGUGGAACAAUCACCAUCUGGCCCAAGUCUAUCCCUUCAGACUACUGGCACCUUUUAACAGAUCCCGAUGCAGAGCGUCUAGCUCGAAUGAUACACGAGGGACAGCAGAGCACGUUCCCCAAGCUCAAGUUCAUAUCGAACCGACUCAAGAUAGAGAGACUGAUAGACCAGGCAAGAAGAGAAACAAGACCAUGGGCGAGGAGGGGAAGCAUGCAGUCGAUUUAUAGCGAUGAUGACCUGAGAAGCAUUCUGCUGGGAGAAAUGGCGAUGGUGUCUUCGGCGACAGCGACAGAGGACGAUUCCGAUCUGGAUGGCGAGUUUACCAACAAUGUUGAACUUACGCCACUGCAGCAAGACGGCGAUGAGAAGGAUGAUGUCAGCAACUAA